AUGGAUAAAGUGGCCGACGCCAGUCAAAUAAAGCCGAAUCUUGUGCAAGCAGAAUUUGGUGGCUUUGAAUGGCUUCGUGAAGAAGAUCCAUCAACAAUUCCAAAAAUAAACUCAGUAUCACUAAAAAGCAAAAAUGCAGACUCACAACAUCCUUCUAAUCAACAAUAUGAUGAUAGUGAUGUAUGUCCAGUGUGUGGUCAGUACUUUGAUCCGACAGUGUCAUUGAAACAGAAACAAAUACAUGUUGAACAACAUUUCGAAUAA